UCAAGGAAAACAUCUUUUUCAAUGUAAAAAAUUAAACAGUUUUUCAUACCGUUAUUUUAUUCGAACUAAAUCAUGGAGAAACCAGAGCAGCCGAAGAAGUGUUUCUGUGCUAGAUGCUUUUUGCCAAUUUGUCCAGAGGAUAAGGUGAACAUAGAUGGCCAAAGUUUUCAUAGACUUUGCAGUACAUGCUGCAUAUGCCGAACAAUCCCAACAUCUCUGAAGAUGUUCUAUGGCCAUGUAUUUUGCACGGAGUGCUUCAACACUCAUGUCCUGACGAGGUUCAGGGGGGAGAAUCCUCGCAUCCACUCCAACAGCUGGUGGAUGCAAUGGGCGCCUGGUGCCAAGCCUCAGCCUCAAGCGAAGGAAGCUGGGAGCGAGAAGAAAGAAGAAAUGAAAGGUCCGCAGAAAGCCGAGGAGGUGCCGGAGGAAGCGCCCAAGAGGUGCACCUGUGCCCGAUGCCUCCAAGCGGUGGAAGAGAGUAGCAGGGUCCUGAUCGACAACCAGAGUUUCCAUCCACAGUGUGCUAAAUGCUACUUCUGCCACAAGGUGCCCGCAACGAAAGUGAAGAUCUACUACGGCCAGGUAUUCUGCGAAGACUGUUUCAACCGCUACGUGCUGAGCCACAACAAGGACAAUCCCACUGAAUUCUUUAGGACAUGUUUCGAACAAUGGCAAAACAACGCGCAUUUCGCUGAUAACAUGAGGGAGUUCAUGAGCGGCGGCAACAAGGACAGCACCCCGUUCGUGUUCAUGAUGCAGCCGCAGCAGUUCUGCCGGUGUGGCGCGACGCCGCCCGCUCACGAUAACGUGUCAGCUGAACAUAAGAAAUCUGCCACACCAGCCACUGUGUCCAUAGAAGAAGGCUCCAACGUUUGUCGGGAUCUUUCCUUCGAGAACAGAACAGAAGUGUCUGAUAUUCCCGAGUCGUGCGCAGCGAUGGAGGACUCUCACGACAGCUUGGGUGUGGCCGCAGCGGAAAAAAUCGAAAAGCUGACGAAAUAUUUACACGAGAGACGCGUUACAAACAAAAGCACGAAAAAAUGGAAAAAUUUUGAAUACGAUCAAAUUUCUGCGACUUCCGAUCAGUCGUUUUAUGCGUGGAUUGAUUUUCAGAAUCCCAAAACGGCCGGUGUUCGGUCGGAUUGUCCAAAGUGUUUGUGGCAGUGUGGUCCAAUUUACGUAAACGGUGAUAUUUUUCAAAAAGAAGUUUGUUGUGAAGAAAAUUGAGAUUUGAAUAAA